CCUAUCCGUGAUUUGGUAUCCGUUAUUUUUCUUGACCAAAGCGUAGCCAUUACCUUCAUAUUUCCAAAAAAGACAAAAAAACGACCUAAUUAGCCAGAGGACCAACAAGACACAGGUGGGAGAUACCCGUUUCGUAGGACAGCCCCUUCUCUCAGUUCCUCAGUGGAGGGUAGGCUCGUGGGUCUGACAUUUGUUUGUCAUCCUUUGGGACAGGAGACCAAACGAUUCCGCAAACAGGUGUGCGUGCUCACAAAUCUUCAUAGAUUGGAAACCAUUUCUUUUUUGUUCAAAUAAGGAUGACUAGUAGCUUGAUAUAUUCUCAGAGAAUACUUUAGUUCAUUACGGAAAGCAGAGAGUGGUUUACACAGAAAUAUAUAGCUCUUUCAGUUUGGAGGGCUGGGGUUUUCGUACGGAAAAAGCGAUGUCAACCAAAAGAACGAGCGUGGUGUCAACGAAACGUAGCCAGAGCCCCGUUGUGUGGGAAGGAGAGAUGUUCAGUGAAUUUCAGGACUGGUGUCUCCGGACUUAUGGUGACUCGGGUAAAACAAAGACAGUCACCCGACGAAAAUACAACAAAAUUCUCCAGACCCUAAUGCAAGGCGACGACUCCGACGGCGUCUACCUCGAGAGCAACCAUAUCAACGCCAAAUUUAAAUUCUGGGUGAAAUCCAAGGGGUUUCAGGUCGGGAGCGCUGAGGACGAAAAUGCGAACGAGGGCUCUGGCAGACCUGUCCUGUACGUCCCCAUCAAGGCAACGGUUAGUUGUGUGGACAGCAGCUCUGGGCAGGACGGCGCGUCCCUGAAGAGGGUGGCGGUGGUGGAGGACUUCUUCGACAUCAUCUACGCUAUGCACGUGGAGAUCAGCUCCGACCCCGGCAGAGCCCCAAAACACGCUGGCCAGAAGAAGACCUACAAAGCGAUUGCAGAGACAUAUGCCUUCCUACCCAGAGAGGCGGUCACCCGGUUUCUGAUGAGCUGUGGCGAGUGUCAGAAACGGAUGCACAUUAGCCCCAGCAGCGCCGACUUCAAAGAAAAUGACCGACCACCCUCUCUGACACCGGGACUCAUUGACUACAACAUGCCACUGACCACCACCUAUCUGAAACAGAUGAAGCUUCAGUGCAUGAAUAACAAUGAGCAGGAUGAGAGUUCAGUGAGCAGCGAGGACUUUGAUAUGAGCGACCCCACAUGGCUAUCAGCUGAGCACGGACCCGCGUCUGACCCCAACGCCCCCAACCACACAGACAGAAUGCACAGCCCGCAGAACGCACACAAGGAGGAGGAUGAUGACUCCUCGUCUGAGAGUGGCAGUGGGAACGGGCCUCUGGCUGUCACUCCUCCCUCCUCGUUAGUGGUGGGUCCGGCCCCCAACAGCCGAGCGGGCUCCACCUCCGCUCUCUGCAUUGUGACGGCAGCAGGCUCCUCGGGCAGGGCCUUUGGGGGCCAAGCCGUGAACGGCAACGGCACGUCCGGUCCACCACCGGUGGCGCCUCCCCUGGACUUCAGCACCACGUCAUCGUCAGCGUCCUCGCUGGAGGAGCGUGAGCAGCAGUCGCACGGGGUGACACUAAGCGAGCGUCUGGCCCCCGGAGCCCUGCUGGGGCCCGCCUACCCGCUGGACUCCGCCAUGGAGGAACUGCGUCGCAAGUACCCUGGCAAGUACGCUGCCGCAGGCAUCCCGCUGCCACUUCCCGCCGACCUGCGCCUCGACAGAGACAUCAGAGACUGCGGCAACAAGUCUCCUCAAUACAGCUCAGGUAGCUAUGACUCUGUGAAGAUGGAGAUCUGUCCAGAGGACCUCACCAUGGGCCGUGCACAGGCAGCCGACGACGAUGACGAUGACCAUGAUGACCAUGACGACAGCGAUAAGAUCAACGACACUGAGGGAGUGGACCCAGAGCGGUUAAAGGCCUUCAAUAUGUUUGUGCGUCUCUUUGUGGAUGAAAAUCUGGACCGAAUGGUGCCCAUCUCCAAGCAGCCAAAGGAGAAGAUCCAGGCCAUCAUCGAGUCGUGCUGCCGCCAGUUUCCUGAGUUUCAGGAGCGCGCUCGCAAACGCAUACGUACCUACCUCAAGUCCUGCCGCCGCAUGAAGAAGAACGGCAUGGAGACUCGACCGACGCCACCUCACCUCACCUCUGCCAUGGCGGAGAACAUCCUGGCUGCCGCCUGCGAGAGUGAAUCACGCAAGGCCGCCAAGAGGAUGCGCAUGGACGUCUACCAGGCACAUGAGGAGCCCAUUGCUCUGGACAAGCCCAGCACCCGUGAGCCGGCCUCCCUGGCCCACUCUGCGUACUCUUUGGCUGCCACGGCGUACUCCCAGGAUCAGCUGUACAUCAACGGAGGCCUCAACUACAGUUACCGUGGCUACAGCGGACUGGGCGCCAGCAUGCCACAGCCCGUUUCCCUGACGACUGGCACGGCACAGAGCAAUGGCCCCACUGACCUCAGCAUGAAGUCGCUGGUGUCCAGCUCGUCCUCCUCAUCCAGUUCCAACAGCCACGCCCACACCCAUGGGCGCAACGGCAGCAGCGGCGGGGCAGGCGGAGGCACAUCAGCCCAGCUCAGCCCCACCGAGAUCACAGCCGUGCGGCAGCUGAUCGCCGGCUACCGCGAGUCGGCAGCCUUCCUGCUGCGCUCGGCCGACGAGCUGGAGAACCUCAUCCUGCAGCAGAACUGAUCCAGGGACGCUGGAGCGCCCACACACUCAUCCGUCCACCCUUCUUGCUCUCGCUCUCACUCUCUCUCUCUCUCUCCUCCCUGUCCCCGUGCUCUUUUCUAUUGCUCUCUGUGACGCUACCACACUGCCCCCGCAGCUUCUCUCUCGCUCCAACUCAGAACCUGGCUCUCCUCCUCAACCUCUCUCUCCUCCCAAGCCUCUCGCUCCACACCGGGGCUCAACACCUCAACGCACCCACCUCGAUCCUAAAAUACAUUUUGACUGCUAAAAUAAUCAGAUAACGGAGUGGUGAGUGAAAAGAGUGAUAAGCCUACCUUGAGAGCAUGGCUAGAGACUGGGGGCUGAAAAGAAAGAAACAGAAAAGAGAGAGGAAGAAACAUUUAGUGGGCAACAAUCCUCAGCCCCCCCCCCCCCCCCACCUGUGCCCCUGACCCGUGUGGGUGAGUGAUGUGGGCUCUGAAGCAGGAUGCUAAAUACAUGACGCCAGUGAGAUUUACAAGACACCUCUCUUCACCUCCCUCCUCGAGAGAGAGCCCCUUACAAAAAGACUCCUCACAUUAUCAACUAAAACACUUUGUCUAACUGGAAAGUAUAAAUAAUGUCCUUGUUUAAUGUUUA